AUGGCAUGCUAUUUUAAGGUGAUUUUUAUUUUGAGUGUACUUCUACCGGGGAACUUCGACGUUCCAAUGAACUCGAUCUUAUCACCAGUGGAUAAAAAUGUGGACCAUGUCAGGUUUUAUCUGACACUAGUGAGACAUGGUGAAACAUCAGCUAAUGCCGAAGGUAUAAUUCAAGGUCAAACAAACACCAAAUUAAGUGCAAUUGGUUAUCAACAAGCUCGUGCAUUAGGAAGAAACCUACAAAAUCAUCGUUUCACACAUUGCUAUUCAAGUGAUUUGGAGAGAGCGUCUGAGAUAUUUGGAAUAGCCGAGGGACGAAGUCGAGACUGGUUAAGAGAGUUGGCAAAAGCGAAUAACACUCCAUAUGUCACCUUUACUCCGGAAGGAGCCGAGACUACACUGGAGGUUCGUAGUAGAGUAACAACAUUUUUUCAAAGUCUUUGCGAUGAAUUAUUAAAAUAUCGUACUGAUCAAUUGAAAAAUGAAGAUUAUCCAUUAUUAAACCCUCGUGAAUUAAAUUUAUCUUCAUUUCUAUCUUCGUCUGGAUUAACCAACAAUAUGAAACGACAUUCAAUAGUACAAAAUAUUCCAAUAUUAAACAAUAAUUCUUAUCUAACAGAAGCAACAUCUCUCCCAUCAUCGCCAUCACAUAAACGAUUAUCUACAAAAAUUCAUCCAAUAAAACGCUCUAUAUCAGUCGACAGCAUGGCAGAUCGCGUAACAUUUAGUCUUGAUGACGAAUUAUCUCAAACUCAUUCACCUUCAUCUUCCUGUUCAUCCGUCGAUUCAGCUCUAGAAGAUUCAAUAAAUGGCAGUAGUAACAGCAGUAAUCAUCGUCCUGUAGAACAGCAAACACCAACAGACUCAAAUAGGUCAUUGUCAUCUUAUUCUUCAUUUCAAUCUGAUAUAAUAUCGACAAAGCCAUUGUAUCUACCACCAUCGCCUUAUGAUUCAACAUUUUCUGAUAUUGAUGUAUUAUGUGUGUCGCAUGGCGCUGUUAUUCGUGAAGCACUAAAAUAUUUUGCAUACAAUUUAUACUGGGAUAGUGAAAAUCUAACACUUCAAGAUAUUCCACCGAAUACAUCUGCAACAAGAUUUCAAAUAACGUACGCAACUGAUGGACAAAUCAAAUUUGAUCUGGUUGCUUUUCACGACAAAACACAUUUGUUAACAACUACCGGUGGACAAAAUCUCGAUGUUGUAAAUCAAUGUAGUUUCUAA